AUGCUGACCUCCCUGUGGCUGCUGCUCAGCCUCGCUGUCCCAGUGCAAGGGUCCUACUUUUCCAUCAGCUGUCCCAGUCGCCGGCAUUGCCAACGGGCCCUUCUCUCAAACAAUGACAUCAUGCUGCACUGCAAUACCUCUGGGGCACAGUGGCACUUCAUCUUCCUGCAAAACAAGGCCAUCUGGGUGUACAACCCCGCCAGCACGUCCAACAUGGAAACAAUGCCUGAUGGCAGCCUUCUCAUCAGAAACCCAUUGUCCUCGCAGACCGGCUUCUACAGCUGCCAGGACCAGGAGGGCCGGAAGGUGGUGCAGUAUGAUAUCGACUUCCAGGAUGUCGAGACCAUGCAUAUCACGCACAAAGACCUGGGCCAGAAGCCUCUGCAGAAUGAGACCCUGAGUCUAGGUGGCAAGGAGCUCAUCUUCACCCACUGGGAGCCCUGGCAGGACUGUAACCGCUGUGGGAAGCCAGGUGAGCGCAAACGCCUGGGGUUCUGCUACAUCGAGGAGUCCCUGGAAAAACCCAUGCCCUGCUGGCUCUACCUGGGAGAUAUGAAGCUUCGGUCCCGCCGCAUGAGGCCAGAGAUGCAGGUGGAAACCUGCCACGUCCCAUGUACAUCAUUAAGUGCGGAACAUGUCACUUUUGACGACUUCGAGCUCAGUGAGAAUUCAGAAUCUGCUUGGCUCACCUGCCCCUUAGGAUCCAUCUACAGGCCCAUCACCUGGGAAGCCAACAGCAUCCCCCUGACCUGGAAGGGCCAGCUCUCCGGCCAGGAUGUAAACACGGUCCUGGACACCUCCAAUGGCGGCAGUCGGCUGCAGGUGUUCCAGGGGGCCAUUUACGAGUGCUUCCUGCAGCAGGAGCUCACGGCUCGGUUCAACCCCAGGUCCAAGUUGGACGUUCUGGCAUCUCUGAACACAGAGGACCUUCAGCAACAGCCGGGGGUAGAAGAGGCCUGGAAAGGCAAGGCUGACUCCGUCCUCAAGGGGCUGAAGCUGAUGCUGCUGCUGGGCACGGGCCUGGGCCUGCUUGGGGUGCUCUUCAAACUUUUCCAUCCUUCCUGGGGCCGGAGGAGGGACCAGCUGCUGGUGGUGAAAUAAAGCAAGCCCUCGGGG